GUACACCGAUCUGACCGCUGAGUGUCGCUGUUUUGCGGUGAGCGGUUUUUUUCAGCUGUUUUCCGGUGACAGCAGGGGAAUGACAACAUCGAGUCACGGCCCUCCUUCCAUUCAAGCCGACUGCUACACAUCGACUAAACAGGAAGUUGUCUGCUGCUGGACUUCUGGCUCUGUGUUUGGGGGAUUUAUUCUGUAUGUGCCGCUGGGAGCAGCAGCAGCAUGGCAGAUGACAAGGACGUGUUGAGAGACGUUUGGUUCGGCCGGAUCCCGACCUGCUUCACCCUGAACCAGGAUGAGGUCACUGAGAGAGAGGCCGAGCCCUACUAUCUGCUGUUACCCAGGGUGAGCUACCUGACUCUGGUCACAGACAAAGUGAAGAAACACUUCCAUAAAGUCAUGAGGGCCGAGGACGUGGAGGAGAUGUGGUUCGAGUACGAAGGGACGCCACUGAAAUGGCACUAUCCAAUUGGAGUUCUGUUUGACUUCCACGCGUCCAGCACUGUCUUACCCUGGAGCAUCACUGUGCACUUUAAGAACUUUCCAGAGCGCGACCUGCUCCACUGCCCGUCCAACUCUGUGAUCGAAGCCCACUUCAUGUCCAGCAUCAAGGAGGCCGACGCCCUCAAGCACAAGAGCCAAGUCGUCAAUGACAUGCAGAAGAAAGAUCAUAAACAGCUGUGGAUGGGCCUGCAGAACGAUAAGUUUGACCAGUUCUGGGCCAUGAACAGGAAGCUGAUGGAAUAUCCCACUGAGGAGGGAGGCUUCAGAUACAUCCCCUUCAGGAUAUACCAGACACUGAGCGACAGGCCGUUCAUCCAGAAACUGUUUCGCCCUGUUUCAUCUGAAGGCAACAUGCACACACUUGGCGACCUGCUGAAAGAGAUGUACCCUGCUGCUUUACCAAACGACGGUGAGCAGAAGCGUUACCAGGUGGUGAUCCACGGGAUCGAGCCGCUGCUGGAGACGCCUCUGCAGUGGCUCAGCGAACACCUCAGCCACCCCGACAACUUCCUGCACAUCUGCGUUAUCCCCGUCCCCACUGACUGAGGCCACGUCUGCCGUACCUCGCUGUCACCGUAACAACCAACCGACCAGCCGCCCCGCCAGCUGGCUGGAUAACUCUGGAAACGGUAGCGCUAAACGGUGGAAACUCUGAACUAACAGACUCUUUAAGGAGAUCUUACUGAUGAACAUGAACAAAGGAUGUGAAGGAGGUACAAACUGACCUCCUCUUCCAUCUUGUCUAUUUAUAUUUCUACUCCUCCUUAAACUCCUCCUCCUCCUGCUUCCCCUCAGAAAACUUGUGUAUCGGACGCGAGGAUGAAACAACAGAAAAAAGACACUUGUUCAGGUGAAGAGGUCUUUGAAUGAGCAGAGGAUCGCUCCUUUUCUACUCUCCCAUCUCCCUCAGUUUUCCAUCCUGCCAUGCAUCUCCCGUCUUGUCUCGUCCAAGAUAGAGACAGUCCUGUCAACAGGGAGACACGAUUGUUUGGGAUUUUGGGAGAAGCGUAUUUGGUCCUGCUGAAGUUGCCUUAGUUACCACGUUCAUUCAUUUCCAUCGCCGUCUGAGUCAUCCCUGCAAAAACGUCUGGACGCACAGUCACUUUGAGUUUACAUCACAAAGUGUUGUCAUGUCCGAAAACUUUCCAGGAACGUCUGCUGGUUUGUUUCUGACUUUUUACAGAGGAUUUUCUUUUCAUCAAGUUUCUUGUUUUAACACUCGGCUUCAUGUGACAAAGAGAGGACGAAGUGUGAGUCUCUCCGCUGAUCCCAGAACACUCUGGGUCUACUUUGAUCGUCUCAUGAGAUCUAAUGUUUAAGUUAACAAGCAAACAUCUGGUACUGAUCCUGAAUCAGCAUUAAACUGCAGCUUUAACUGGAAAACAGUGAAACUCCACUUUUGUUUAUUUUCAUUUUUUAUCUUAAAUUCCAUUUUCAUACAACUUACUUUCAUCGUUGAAAUAAUCCUGAAUUACCUGCUAAUGUUUACGUGCUCCUCUCCAGGUUACGCAUUAACUAAAAAUUGCAUUACAUUCUUUGUUAUUGUUGUUUUCUUUGCAGACAGAUGGAGAUACAGGAUUUUCACAGGGUAUCUUUAAAGAGUGAACAAGCUAUUUUUAUGAGGCUGAAGCGUUUUGUGCGGGUCAUUGGGGAAAAAAAACAAACUCCACACAUGUUUUCAAUAGCAGGUGUUGAUUUCUCUCCAUCAAUACAACAGUUUAGCUGUUUUACUGUCUGUUUUUGUGAGGUUUGGCUCGACCUGCUUCGUCUGCAGCCAAACUUAAAUGAGCAUCUGGUUUUGUUUCAUUUUAAGAACUCGGCUCAGAUAAUGAGACAGCAGGCACGAUUAGCGUAAAGUCUGCAGGCUGUUGGGGGCUGCGGUCGCCUGAUACGUCUUACAUAUGCUUACAUUAGCACAUUUUAGUUUGUGGACAGACAAAACUGGCACAAGCAAACAUAACUUUUGCCAGAGCACUAACUUUAGUCGCCAGAUCAGAUCAUUUUGUUGAAUGUUGAGAUCGUAAUUAAUCACUUUUUUUUGUAGAAACAUUUGCAUCAUAUCAGCAUCUUGUCUUUUUUUACAUCUGUUAAUACUGAAAUAAAAUGACACAUUCAACUGUUAUCCAGAAUGACUUCAAAUAAAAGUGAGUUGAAUUAAA